AUGCAGCCGACGCGGUGUUUGCUGAAACGGUCGGUCUGGAAAGGUAUUGCCCUUCUUCCCAUCGUGCGGCCCGAGCCAGGAAAGAAGGCGGCACCAAUCCGGACCCAGGCCCGAUCAGCGACCAUCCUGCCAAAUUUCGUUGGACUCAAGUUCCAGGUGCACAACGGCAAGGUCUACCAUGACGUGACCAUUACCGAGGAGAUGGUGGGCCACAAGCUCGGCGAGUUCUCUCCGACACGGAAGGCGUUUAUCUGGAACAAAAAAUAA